AUGGAGGCUCUUAUAAAAGUGCAGCAGGACUUGUAUUUGAGAAUUGAUAAGGCUAAAACUAACUUUAAAAAAUCGCCUAAGGAACGGCUUAACUCUGCAGAUUACCUUAGCACUAGAUUAGAAACCUUAGAAUCUUUGUGGAAUCAGUUUGUGACAACUCAUACUCAAAUCAUUCAAGAGUCUACUACAGUUGAGUUCACCGAGUAUGUAACUGAAGACGUAUAUUCUAGUGCGGACGAGUUAUUCAUGGAUUACAAGUCGGAUCUUAAGGUUGCCCUAAGCAAACUAAACGCUUCAAUUCCUGGAAAGAGCACUGAGUCUACCACUGUUGGGAAUAAGUCAGAUAUUGGUCAAGGCAAGUCGGUGAUGGUAAAGCUACCAAAGAUUUCGAUUCCUACGUUUUCAGGGGAUUAUUCUGAGUGGACUAGCUUCAGAGAUCUAUUCAAGUCGCUCAUCCAUAAGAAUAGAGAUUUAGAUGACGUCCAAAAAUUGCACUACCUGAAAGGUUAUUUAGUCGGUGAAGCUGAACAGCUUCUGCGUCACGUACAGAUCACGCAAGAUAAUUACAGCGCCUGUUGGGAAAAAUUGGAAAAGCGCUAUAAUAAUAAGAAGUAUCUUUCCAACUGCAUUCUCAAACGCUUCAUGAGUCAGAAGAAUAUUACGACAGAGUCCGCGAAUGCACUCAAGGAAUUGCUGGACACUACGAAUGAGUGUUUAGAUGGAUUGAACAGCUUAGGCAUCGACACAACUACAUGGGACAUAAUUGUGAUUCAUAUCAUUUGUCUUAAAUUAGACAACGAGUCUAGGAAACAAUGUUUAAUCGACCAAUGCUCGGAAGCCUCUUUCAUAACGGAGUCUGCAGCACAACUGCUGGGACUUAACAAGGUUUCCCACAAGAGCACAGUUACGGGUCUAGGCGGUGAAGAGAGUUCACCUGUGAACUCUAAGUCGGUGGUAAAAGUUAAAAUUUCAUCACUCCUAGAACCUGACUUUGAAGUGAACGUGCAUGCUCAUGUUUUGGGCAAGGUAACAUCGAAUCGUCCGAGAAAACGUAUUGUCAUUGAUUCGUGGUCAGAACUGCCUAAAUUAGAUUUAGCAGAUUCCACAUUCAACAUUCCCGGCAGAAUCGACUUGCUCUUAGGGGCAGAAGUGUACGGUCAAAUACUUUUAAACAACAUGAUUAAAGCUCCUCAGGGAGCACUCGUCGCUCAGCGAACGUCUUUAGGCUGGAUCGUUUCAGGGCCAACUCACUUAGGUGAGUCGGAAAUUCGUAAAAGCGUUAGCGUUAACCACAUUCAUUUAGAUGAAAACGAGCUGCUCAAGAAAUUUUGGGAACUCGAGGCUGACCACAAUACGACAGAUCUCAAGCAUCAUUACACUGAAGACGAGAAGAAAUGUGAAGAAUUUUUCGCGGCUACCACUGAACGUGAUAGCACCGGUAGAUACAUUGUGAAACUACCAUUUCGUGACCAAGAUCCCAGUUGCAAACACGGAAACUUUGUGCCUAUUGCAACUAGGCGUCUCAACCAAUUAGAGAAGAGGUUCGCAAAGGAUGCUGAAAUGAAGAAACGCUACUCGGAUGUCAUCAAUGAAUAUCUCGAGCUGGAACACAUGGAAGAAGUUCCUCCUGAACAGGAGAACAACCCAGACGCAGUUUACUUGCCACAUCAUGCUGUCAUCCGAGAUGACAGAUCCACGUCAAAGCUGCGUGUGGUAUAUGACGCGUCUUGUCCUGGCUCUAACGGCGUUUCCUUAAAUCAAGACCUUUUAGUAGGUCCAACUCUGCAACCUGUUUUGCGACAUACUAUUCUUCGUUGGCGUUGCCACCCUAUAUGCCUGGUAGCAGACAUUGUUAAAAUGUACAGGCAAGUGAAAGUUCAUCAAGACGAUGUAGAUUUUCAACGCAUUCUAUGGCGUGAAAACUCGGGGGAGAAGAUUAAGCACUUGAGACUGCUCCGAGUCACCUUUGGUACGGCCUCAGCACCUCAUCUUGCAGUGCGUGCUCUUCAGCAAGUAGCCUACGAUGAAGGAGCACAGUAUCCAAACGCUACUGAUAGGGUCCUCAAGCAUUUUUAUGUAGAUGAUUUGUUAACAGGCUGUGAAUCUGUGGAAGAAGGUAAAUUAGUAUACCAAGAGAUGAAUGAACUUUUGAAAAAAGGUGGAUUCGAAUUACAGAAAUGGAGUAGUAACAAUGAAGAAUUAAUAAGUUACAUGAAAGAAACUGAUGUCAACGAGGAAGGAAGUCUCCAGCUGAAGAUAGAUGCUGUCAUGAAAAUUCUGGGACUCGUCUGGAAUCGCCGAAAUGACGAAUUUGAGUAUUCGGUACAACUUCCUCCACUCACAGUUCCUGUAACAAAGAGAAGUGUCAUAUCUGACAUAUCGAGGCUGUUCGAUCCACUCGGUUGGUUGGCUCCAGUGAUCAUAGCAGCCAAGAUUUUCAUCCAGAAAUUGUGGCUUUCGGGAAUCGAAUGGGAUGAUGAAGUACCACCACAAUUACUGAAGGAUUGGCUUAACUACAGAGAAAGUCUAAACCAACUUACCGAAUUCAAGCUGCCCAGAUGGAACCACGCUAGUUCCAAUGUAACUGCGGAACUUCAGGGAUUCUGCGACGCUUCUAAUGAAGCGUUUGCUGCUGUUGUGUACUUAAGGACUAUAGAUGAAGAAGGAAAUGUGCACGUGUCACUGAUCACUUCUAAAACGAAAGUGGCACCAAUUAAACAAAUUUCUAUUCCACGUUUGGAAUUGUGUGGGGCUGUGCUACUCACUAAAUUGCUGGUUGAAGUAGCCGACGUUAUGAGUAUCAGCAAAGCGAACAUUCACGCAUGGACUGACUCCACAGUAGUCAUUUCUUGGCUAAAUAGUCGUCCAAAUCGAUGGAAAACUUUCGUCGCCAAUCGUGUAUCUGAAAUAAUAACGUCAGUAGAGCCGCACCAAUGGUCCCAUGUCUCGUCGAAAGAUAAUCCUGCAGACUGCGCGUCUAGAGGUACACGACACCUGAGCAAUGAAGAGCUCUGGAUAGAAGGUCCGUCGUGGCUGAAAAAUAAGGAGAUUAGCUAUUAA